AUGGAAGAAAUAAAUAAUAUUUUAAAUUUUGAUGAAAGUAAUAAUAAUGAUAAAGAUUCUAAUUAUUUAGAUUUUUUAGAAAGAUUAAAUGAAAAUUAUUAUUCAAUUACAAAUGAAUUAAAGUUUAAAUUUGAUUCUUUAAAUAAAAUAAAAAAUGAAAUCAAUCAAUUAGAGAUUGAUAAUCCAAGAGUACAAAGAGAAAUUGAAUUAUUAGAAAUUGAUUUAAUAAAAUCAGAACAAACAUUAAAUGUUUUAGUGGAUAGGUUUGAUUGGAAAAAACAAGAAAUUUGUAAAAUUCAAAUUCAAAUAGAUAAAUUAAAUAUAAAAUUAAAUGAGAUUAUUCAAAAAAGAAAAGAAGAAAGAUCAAAAUAUAUAAAUUGUGUAAAUAGUUUUUAUAGUUUUAUUGAAGAAUAUUGUAAUGUUGAAAAAGUAAUGUUAAUGUUAAAUGAAAAAAGAAUAAUGAUAAAUAAUAAUCAUUUAAAUCAGAUUACUCAAUUUACAAAUCAACUUUUAAAUAAUAAUAAAAAAAAAAACUCCUCAAACUCAUUUCUUUUAAAAUCAUUACAAGAUGAAAAAGACAACCUUUCCCAAAUUAUUCAAUUAAAAAAAGAAAAAGAAAAUCAAAUAAUUUUAAUAAAAGAAAAAAAUAAUAGAUUUGAUAAUGAAAUCUAUGAUAAAGAUGAAGAAUUUAAAGAAUAUAAUGAUUUAAAAACUAAAAUAAUUGAUUUAACAUUAAAAAAAGAACAUCUAGCUAAUAAUAAUAAUAAUAAUAAUAAUAAUAAUAAUAAUAAUAAUAAAAAUAAUUCUAUGAUUAAUAGUUUUAAUAGCAAUAAAAAUAAUAAUGUUAAAAGUAAUGUUUCUUUAAACACAAAAGUAAUUCCAUCUUUAUCAUCCUCGAAACCUACAAAACCUCCAAAAUUCUUUAACCAAUCAAUUCUUCAUCAAAACAUUAAUAAACCUCCAAAUCAUUUAUUAAAUAAAACAGUUAACACAAUUUUUUAUAAAAAUGUUCAUACCACUAAAAGCAAUAAUGAAACUGAAUCCAAAAAAUCAAAUGAAGAAGAAAUUGAAGAGUUGGAAAUUCCAAUUAAUAAAAAAGGUAUCCAAAAUAAUUUCAUCAACAAACAAUAA